UCAGGAUCCGUUUCCGCCGUUUUGUCGGUUUUGCCUUGGAAUUGUUGGUCUAAAAAUAUGGCUGCAGCGGUAGCUAGUCAGGUCCAGCCUGUGCGAUUUAGUUCUGGACCAUCUGGGAGUGGUGUGACGUUGACUAUCUCAGGUCCUUCCACCACUUCGCCCGCAAAUAAUGUAAUCAAUCGAAGACCAAUGCCAGGAACAUUUCGUUUCCAGGCAGCACCAGUGCAAAUGCAACCUAUCGAUGUGAUGAUGAUGGGAGAUGGUCCCGGUCGGCGUUUGAGAAAGAAUGUCGCGAAUGUUCGAAGGCAUGUUGACUAUGUUGCAACGGUACUGAACCAUGCGGAGUCACGUCUUUGGCAGUACAAGCGAUGGCAGCGGCCAGUGCAACAACCGGACGAACUUUAUCAGAACACUGCUCUACCCGCUCGUUGUACACCGGAGACUCCUGUUGACUGCAUUCUUACAAAAUUUGUUAGAGCAGCUAUGAACAAAGUCAAAUGUCCGGUCUACAGUCUAUGUUGGACGCCUGAGGGUAAACGGCUAAUCACGGGUGCAUCAACAGGCGAGUUCACAUUGUGGAAUGGGACAGCGUUCAACUUCGAAACUAUUCUGCAGGCCCAUGAUUCCGCGAUACGCGCGAUGACAUGGUCUCACAAUGAGCAGUGGUUAGUGUCAGCCGACCAUGAGGGAUUCAUCAAGUACUGGCAACCAAACAUGAACAAUGUGCACAUGUAUCAAGCCCAUAAAGACGAACCCGUUCGGGGGCUAUCAUUUUCUCCCACUGAUGUCAAACUGGCAUCAGCAUCUGACGACGGUACUGUACGUAUCUGGGAUUUUGCUCGAUGCGUUGAGGAAAGGGCUAUGAGAGGUCAUGGAUCUGAGGUAAGAUGUGUAGCAUGGCAUCCAUCUAAGGGAAUGGUCGCUACUGGAUCAAGAGACUCACAACAACCAGUCAAGUUAUGGGAUCCUAGGACAGGAGAUUGUCUGACGACUUUGCAAGACCACAAGAGUUCUGUCAUGGCAGUAGAUUGGAAUCGUAACGGUAACUGGUUGCUAACAGCUGGUCGAGAUCAUCUUGUGAAACUCUACGAUAUUCGAUGUAUGAAGGAAAUGUACUCAUACAAAGGUCAUAAAAAGGAAGUCACAGCCGUUGCUUGGCAUCCUAUACAUGAAGGCCUCUUUGUAUCUGGAGGAGGCGAUGGAUCUAUUGCAUAUUGGUUGGUGGAGAAUGAGAAGGAAGUAGCCUUUCUGGAACAUGCGCAUGACCAGGCAGUCUGGGCCAUGAAGUUCCAUCCUAUGGGGCACAUUUUAGCUACAGGAUCCAAUGACAAUAAUACCAAAUUUUGGGCUCGCAAUAGACCUGGAGAUACACAGGAGGACAUUUUCGGCUUGGCAUCUUUCACUACGAACAUGGUUGGCGCACUAGAUAAAGAGCGUGAACCGAAAAGCGCUGCAAUCAGACUUGAAGACGAGUAUAUGGCACCAGUAAUUCCUGGAAUGGGACUUGAUGACGAAGUUGUUGAGAAGAUGAAUCGGGAUAUUACUUCAAACCCUGCCACAGCCCAUCACACUAUGCUGCUUAUGCCAGAAGACCUGAACGCGCGACAUCAGCAUAAUGCAAAUAUUGGAGCGAAGAAGACGCUGAUCAAGCAACCACCGCCCAAGAAAGCACAGCGUCAAUUUGAGCGUAUGUGGAAUGUGUCCAAGCCUGGAGGUUCAGGAUUUGAUGAUUACGAUGAAGACGCUGAGGAAGAAUUCUUCCAACAGCCACAACAGCAACAGAGGCCACGACAAGGCCUACUAGGGCAAGCUCCGCCUCCGAUGACUAUGCUUGCACAAACUGUCAAAGCGCAGUCGGCAGCAGCUAUGGCAGCUGGCUUUGCGGGUGGAUUUGCAGGAGCGCAGAAGCUCGGUCUUCUCCCUCCAGGCAUGCCACCAGGUUGGAAGCCAGGUUCAACUUCUAGUGGCCCCACUAGUCCAAAUGAUGAUAAGUCCGGUCCGCCGAAGGCUAACCCUACCCAGCAACCUCCCAACGAUCAAGGACGACCGAUGCCUUCCCACAGACCUCCGCUGAUUGCAAACGCUCCUGCUCCACCGAACUCAGGGCCCCCUUCACAACCUUCUCAGACGGGUCCAACUCAGUCAGGAGGACCUUCAUCCAGAGCACCGCUACCAAUGCCUCCGCAACGGCCACCAUUCCCUCAGUUGCCUCCAAAUAUACCUCCCGGUAUGACGCCUCAACAAUUGGCUGCUGCUGGAGUUUGGCCUCCUGGUAUACCCAUGCCUCCCUCGAUAGCUCAAAAACAACAGCAGCAGCAUUUGGCUGCUGCGUCAAAUACAGAAGAGCGCGAUAUGGAAGCAGACCAUGAUUAUCGACUGGCUCCUAGUUCACAAUCAUCGGGAGACGUGGAUCUUAGAGCAACACAGUCACGGGGACCACCUCCAAUGCGGGGACCGCCACCAGGCAUUCGACCAGCGGAGAGUAGAAUGGGGCCACCGUCAGAUAUGAGAAGACCUCCUGCAGAAAUGAAUCAUGCUCCUGUUGAUCAAGACCAAAGAAUACGAAACCAGGAUGAUGAGAUCCGUGACCCGAGGCGGAGACCACCUCUACCUCAGGAGGGCCUUCCUAUGCCUCCACAGCAAAGUGCUUCCAUGCCCGUUCCACAUGGUAUGCCACCACCAAGCAUGUCAUCGCAUCCACAUCCACCACUUGAUCAACGUGGACCCUCGAUGGGAGGUAGACAAUGGAAUGGACUACAAGCGCCGAUGCCACCUUCAUCCAGUGCACCGUAUGAGGACUCGCAGGAGCAACCUUACGAAAACUGGAGGCAGCCUCAGGGACCAAGACAUCAAGGAAAUGGGUACUAUGAGAAGAAUUAUGAUCGAGAUCGAGAUCGAGAUCGCGGUAGGGAAGGCGGCGGCGGCCCCAUGCGUGGAGGGCGAGGGAGGGGACGAGGUCGAGGAAGGCCGUACUAGUCUACCAGCACCUUUCGAGUUAUGAACUGUUUGUCAAGUACUGAUCAAGCACACAGUGAUAAUGAUGUUGCUCGGAUCAUGUUUUAAUGUGUAUGUAUUUCAUUGUCGGUAUGCUUUUACCCUGGGAAACAUCCAGUGUCAGACUAAAUGUCAAAGAUUAUGAGUUUAUGAGUCGAUGCGGAUAGACCUCGUUUGAGAAUACAACAUUCCGGUAUUGAGUGAAUAAAGUGUAGUGUCUCUG